AUGUAUUGUCUCGGAUCUAAGGCAUUAGCAAAUAAUCUUGGUGAAAAUGUACUUUCAAAUAAAAACUGUGAUAAAUUUACCAGUAACCAACUUUUAAAAACUUUCAUCAAAGAAGCAAAACAGCUUUCAGAAACCGGUUCUUUAAAAACUCGUUCUAUUGUGAUUACUGCUCGUCAAGGUCUGCUGAUUUUGAAGAAAGAUGAUUAUUGGCUUGAUAAGAGUGUCUAA